CAUAAUCCGAGCCAGGGAGCCGCUCGGUGCAGUGGGGAGAGACACGCGCGCGCACUUUGCACCGGCACCGAUUCCGACAGGCCACGAUUUCGCCAGUUUUUCCGGCGGAUUUUUGCCUGCUCUCUGUCCUUCCUUUCUUUUCUUUCCUUCCUUCCUUCUUUACUGAGUUUAAUUCGGGCGACGAGAGCGAGGAUAAUCCGGGGAGUUUUGUCGGGAGCGCGAAAAUGUCAACCACCUUUCCGGGACUGGUUCAUGAUGCAGAGAUACGUCACGACGGAUCAAACAGCUACCGUUUGAUGCAGCUCGGCUGCCUGGAGUCAGUGGCCAACUCGUCGGUGGCUUACUCAUCGUCGUCUCCGCUCACAUACCCGGCCACCGGGACCGAGUUUGCGUCGCCGUACUUCCCUGCAAACCACCAGUACACGCCCUUGCACCAUCAGUCUUUCCACUACGACUUCCAGCACGGGCACCACGCGGCCGUGAACGCCGACGCAUACUACUCGCAGCAAUACUACCAGCAGUUGCACCAUCACGGCGAACCGACCGACUUCAUCAACCUGCACGGCGCGCGUGCACUUAAGUCGUCGUGCCUGGACGAACAGCGGCGCGAGCUGGGCUGCCUGGACGCCUACCGACGUCACGACCUAUCGCUAGUGAGCCACGGCUCGCAGUACGGUGUGCACCCCGAGCAAAGGCUGCUGCCAGGGGCCGGUCUGGGGCUUCCGCCGCCGGGGGCUGAUGACCUACAGGGGUCUGUGGACGCGCAAUGCGGGCUCAUGUUGAACGGACAAGGCGGGGUUAUCCGGCGAGGAGGCACAUGUGUGGUGAACCCUACAGAUCUGUUCUGCUCGGUUCCUGGACGUCUCUCUCUCCUCAGCUCUACCUCCAAAUACAAAGUGACCAUAGCAGAAGUCAAGAGGCGACUCUCUCCUCCAGAGUGUCUGAAUGCCUCACUGCUAGGGGGCAUCCUCAGGAGAGCAAAGUCUAAAAAUGGCGGUCGGUGUCUGAGAGAGAAGUUGGACAGGUUGGGGCUGAAUCUCCCUGCAGGCCGGAGGAAAGCCGCCAACGUCACACUGCUCACGUCUUUAGUGGAAGGUGAAGCCCUACAUCUGGCACGGGAUUUCGGCUACACCUGUGAGACAGAGUUUCCCACUAAAGCUGUGGGCGAACAUCUGGCCCGGCAGCACACAGAGCCUAAAGAGCAGAAUGCACGCAAGAAAAUGGUGCUGGCCACCAAGCAGAUUUGUAAGGAAUUUCAAGAUUUGUUAAGUCAGGAUCGUUCUCCGCUGGGUUCGUCGAGACCGACACCAAUCUUGGACUUAGAUAUUCAGAGACAUCUAACACAUUUCAGUCUGAUCACACACGGUUUCGGGACGCCGGCAAUCUGUGCGGCUCUCAGCACCUUCCAGACGAUCCUCAGUGAAAUGUUGAACUACUUGGAGAAGCACUCAGCCAAUAAGAGCACGGGGACACCGGACGGCGGCCAAAUCAACUCUAACUCGGAAAAGACGCCGCUACGCAAAACAAACGAGGCGCCGUCAAAAGACGGGAAAAUGGAGAAAACUGAAUGACUCCACUCCUUCUUAUGCUGUUUAUUUUAUUUAUUUUGUUAUUUUUUAUUUUUGGCAAAAUUAGAAAUUGCUGCUGACUCACUUCCGGAUGUGAGCUCUGUUAUUGGGCGGUCUCUUAAUAGGGGCGUGGCUCAAACAGGGCGAGCUGUUUUUGUUUCGUUUUUGUUUUGUUUUGUCUGCGUUUAAUUUAUUACUGGGUUAUUUUACUAAUGUGUCUUUAUAACUAUGUUCCAGUCAGAGAAGUUAUUGGGCGUUGAGCUCGUCCCUGUACAGAUAGUUCAGAUGAUUAUUUGGAAGACACAAUGUGAAGCGCACACACACACACACACACACACACACACACACACACACACACACACACACACACACACACACACACACACACACACACACACAUUCCAGAGGUCGUGUCGGAGCUGUAAAUGAAUCGCGCCGACGCUCGUCGUUCCGUCGGUAAACUGUAUAUUUUAAUGUGCAUGUUAAAGUUUGUACGCUGUUCGAAUCCCUCACCGAAACUGCAGAACUUCACCACGUCCCGGUCACAUUUGUAAAGAGGUUAUAUAUAAAUGUAUAAAACGGCGACUUUUCUUGCAGGUUUUGAAGUACAUAUAUGAAAUAUCCUUACAUGUCCAAUAAAGCAUAUUGCUCAAAGUCUUAUAUUAAA